GCAGCCAUGCAUGGAACACAGUUGCAAUUGCAAAAGGCUCCAAAGAAACCCUGCGCACGCUUUACACGGUGGGAGGAAACUCCACUGUCCCCAGUGGGGAAGGGGAAGAGGACUCCCGAUGGAUAGCUCCAGUAGAUACCUACCUACCGUCACGCGACCUCUGCUUCCUCUCCUUCAGCAAUUCGCCCUCGUUUAUCAGGCAGAGCCACGGGGAGGGGAAUUGUCUUUUCCAGCCUCCCACUGGAGAGGGACCGGCACAGGCUGCCUGUUACGCCCUCCCGGUAACACCUACCUCCCGGACUGCUGUAGCUCCUCUCGGAUUUCGCCUCGGCUACCGCUGUGGCCUCAUCGCUCCGGGCACCAUCCCAAGCUCCGCCUCUCCACGAACAGCGCGGCGGCGGGUGAGAGGUCAGAGGGGAAAAGGCUCCUGAUCAUGGCGGAAGAGAAGCCGCGAAGCACCGCAAAGGCCAGGUGCCGCCGCAAGCGCGCAGGAAACAAACAGACCAGUGCUUUGAAAAAUGAAAAUGCUGCACAAAGGAAAGCAGCCCUUGAAGCUGCUAUUACUAAGAAGAUUGAGUAUGAGAGAAGAGCCUUGCAUAUUGUUGAACGCUUAUUGGAAGAUGAUAUUACAGAAGAAUUCCUUGUGGAUUGUGGAAAACUUAUAACACAGUCUCAUUAUAAGGAUGCUGUAGAAGAACGAUUUAUCAUCAAGUUGUGUGGCUACCCCAUAUGUCAAAAUAAGCUACAAAAUGUACCAAGGCAAUCAUACAGAAUUUCAACUAAAACAAACAAAGUUUAUGAUAUUACUGAAAGAAAGUGUUUUUGCAGCGACUUUUGUUACAGAGCAUCAAAGUACUUUGAAGCUCAAAUUUCCAAAAGUCCGGUAUGGUUGCAAGAAGAGGAAAGGCCAGCAAACAUUCAAUUACUAAGGGAAGGGGAAAGUGGCUGCUCUGGCAAAGAAGUAAAACUGAUUGAUGAAGCAAUUAAAGUUUCAGAUGUUGAAAACCCUAUCCCAGCAGCAAUCCAGCAUGAUUCUGGCACAGAGAGUGAGAGCAGCAGUGAUACUGAACAAGAGUUUGUUUCCUCUAUUCUACAAGAGACCCUAUCAUGUGCACAGAAGCUUGCACAGCCGGUGCCUAGAAAGAGCAUCCUCAAAAAGAAGUAUGUAGAGAGAGCACAACCCAAGCCUAGCAGUACAGAGGAUCCAGUCAUUGAUGCAGCAGAGCAACUAACUAAGUGCAAAUUAGAUGCCCAAGAGGAGAAACAUAUUCUGGGUAACUCUCAAACAAAAAAACCGAACACUUUCCCAAACACUCUUAUUCCUAAAACUGUGCAAACCUCAGAAGACUGUGGGGAUAACUUUAGUGGCUCUCAAGUGGUUUUCCUGGGUGUGAGCAAGAAGGGAGCAGAACAGUUUAAAGGGUUGCUUGCUAAAUCAAAACAGCCUCUCAAACAUAGGCUCAAAGGUCCAGUUGACCCUCUUGCUACCAAAAGUAACUUGCUAGAAGAGCUCAGGCAAACAUUUACUGAAUGGAGGACUGAGGAGACAUUGAAAUUUCUCUGCAGCUCCAACUUUACAGCCACUUGUACACCACAGCAAACCUCACUGGCCAAUUGUGAGGAAGAAGAACUUGAUGAGGAUGAUUUUGAUAGUGGUGACGAUGACGUUAACAAAUCUGCUUCUGAAAAAGAUGCUCAGAAUAGUUUGGACCAGUCUUUGCCUUUCAGGGACUCGGGAACAGCAACAAAACCUUUACCCAGCUAUGAAAAAUUAAAAGAAGAGACUUCACAGCUGGGAUUAAGGGUAAAGGAAUUUUAUGAAGCAAAGUUCACCUUAGCUGAAGAAGAUGUGAUGACCGAUUUGGGAACGGAGCAGGACCAUGGCAACGAUAAAGAUGACCAACAGUGGGCUCCUGGCUUCCCUCUUGUAGAUUCUAAUGCCCAACAGCAGAUUCGAAAGCGGAUUGUACUUGAAAAGCUUCAAAAAGUGUUGCCUGCUGUUUUGGGCCCUCUUCAGAUUCCUCUUGCUGAUGUUUUAAGUGAUCUUAAAAAUCUUGUUAAAACAUUCAGGUUAACAAAUACCAAUAUUGUUCACAAAACUCCAGUGUGGACCCUAAUUGCUGUUGUGCUGCUCUCUGUGUUGUCACGAACUAUUCCUAUCUUUGCAAGUUCACAGCAGAGUCAAGUCUAUACACAGUUCCUGGCUACUUUGCUUGAAGAAUUACAUUUCAAACAUGAAGACUUUGAAAGUUUAACAAGAGCGUUUAGAAGUGACUGAUGCCGCACAUUGAGUCGACACUUUCAACAAGCUGUCCACCACAACCCCAAGAUCCCUCUCCUGAGUAAGAUGAUCAUCUUGAGCUUCUCGCCCUUUGCUGGAAACAUGAUCAACACUUGAAAUAACACUGUUGGAGUCCAGGCAACUUAAUUUCAGUACACCAAAUGGGGAAAUAACAUGCAGUCACAUUGUGCUUUCGUCAGUCUAAUUCCUAUGAAUAAGUGACCAGAGAGUUUUUAGUGAGAGCUGAUAUAUAAUCUAUCAUUGAAGGUAUCAAUCACACUAAAAUAAAGCUAAUGUGAAAAUUUGACCUUUAAAAAUUGCAAUAAGGAUAUUAACCAUCUUCUGUAUCUAUCAUGUCUUCAAGUAAAUAGGCCACCAAGUGUUGGACACAGCAGUAUGCUUCUGUGAUCAAAGACUGAUAAAAGUCCUUCCUAUUUUUAUCAUUGCAUCAAUAGAAUGCCAAAACUUUUUUUUUGAGAGUGUGUGUAUCUUUUAGUUUCCCAUAAGGAAAUUGUGUAGUUCAAAGAUUUCUGGAAAUGUGAAGCAAAUUUUCCUGCAGUUAAUUCUGUCAUUUUUCUAGAAACGGGUGCUUUGGAAUGUCAUUUCACUUCGAUAAAAUAUUAGUAGAGACAAUUUGAACUACAGUUUCAGUAGUCCUGCGAUAUCCAAGGCCUAGUAUGAUACAGAUUUUUCUAGUGGUUACUGGAGUACUUUGAAGAUCUGCAUGGCUCAGUAGUGCCUUAUGACAACGUUUUGUUAAUAUUUGAAGUCAUAUUGUGCAUUUCUGAUUGCAUCUUAAGACACCAGAGAAUGUCUUAAGACACUUUUUCAAGAUUAUGUUUCCACAUAAGAUUCCCUCCACAAGAUAUGUAAUCCCAGCUGCUCGUUCACACUUUAGUUUGCUAGCAAAACCACAAUCCUGCUCCUGUAUGUGUACAGAGGGGCUCCAUUGCAGGGUGUCUGUUCUCUGAGGCUGAGUGUACUGGGCUGUUUCUAUAAAAGUGCAAAAUAAUAUUGUUGUUUUUGUCAGCUCCAAGCCCUUUAUUUUCACAGGGUUUUUAUUUUUACAUUUCCUGUUAGCUCCACAGCAUGAUUUUUAAAGGUUUAUUUUAGGCUCACUCUUCAGUGCUUUAGUCUUUUGAAAACACUUGAGCUUGAGUUUUUGUUUUGUUUUGUUUUUAAAGCUUGUAAUCUUUAAGAAGCUGUUAUUUGUCAGACUUUACUGUAACUGAAAAUAAUUUUCCACUUAUAUAUAAAAAAUAUAAAUAAAAAAGAGCAAAUUCUCUCUUGCUGGCUGCUGGGAGACUAACCUGGUUGUCACUUUUCAACUCCUGCAAGAAAAGGGGAUUCUUAGCUUUGUUAUUCCUUACUCUCCUCCUAAAAACUAAAGAAAUAUGCCUCCCCAUCACCACCACCACCCAGCAAGAAUUUGCGUUUGCAUUUGGAAUAAUAGCAUUAUAGAUCUGAACAGUACCUCAAAGUCCAUCUACUCCAGACUAAAAUAAAUUAUUGUCACCUCUAGGACACUGAUGAGCAUGUUUCAAAGUAGCAAGUGUUGUUUAUUCUUAUUUGGUACGGGCAGAACAUAGAGGUUUUCAUAUGUAGUUGUGACCAAGAUGCAGUUCUUGGGGUAUAUGUGCAGUAAAAAUUUAUAUCUGUUUGUCAUGGCUUUCUCCAAAGAAUCCUGAGCAUUUGUAGUUUAGCAAGGGAGAAGAAUCUUAGAGAUCCCAAGACCGCCUCACAGAACUACAGCUAUCAGGGUCCCCUGGAGAGAGGGAAUAACGUUUGAACUAGUCCCACUCAGUGGUACAAGUGUCCUGUAGAGGACAGUAAUAUUACACUUGUAAACCAGCCUGAAGCUAGGCUUUAAAGAUAAUGGCAGUUCCACAAAAAAGGACCUCAAGAAUUGUAGCUGUGUGAGGAUGCUGAUAAAUGUUUAGAUAUAGAUAUCACUUAGAUAUAAAAUUCACUCACCUGACCCUCCAUAGAGCAACAGUGCCUUUGAACAGAAGCUUUGUCAGUUAAACACCUUUGAAAAAGAUGUAUAGUGCUGAGCUGUAAGGAUAUGGGUUUUCAUUCUGCUGUGGUGUUUUGGGGUUGUUUGUUGUUGUUUUUUGCAUUUUUUUUUUUUUGUAUACCAUCUGAGCUUUGAAAAAUCGGUAUUCUGUAUAAAUAUUUUAAUAAUAAACUUUGCCAUUGCCAAAUAUG